GUAAUGCAACUGAACAUAAAUUAAAAAAAAAAGAUUAAUUUUAAUUGGGGAUAACCUAGUUAGGAAAUAUUAGAGGCUAUUGCAUUUGCUUAGCUCCCCAAAACAAAAAGAAACACAAGUUUGAAAUUUCAGUUAUAAAUACCCCAAAAAAUCAGUUAAUCAGAUAAAAUAAUCAAAAUUAAAGCAACAAUGUCACUCCUCCAAAGCAACUGCUGCUUCAACUCACCUCUUCCUUUGAAACCCAGAAAACACAAUAACAAUAAUCUCCUCUCAUUCUCAUCCUUCUUUCUCUCUCCUCCAACUUCUAGAAUUUUCAGGAACCUUCCAUUUACAGCCUCUUCGUUAGAGAAUCCUCUGCAACCGGUUUCACUUGAUCAAAUUACUCCGCCUUUAUCAUCACCGUUGAUUUCAGCUACUGAUGUUGUCAGAAAUUUCUAUGGAGGAAUCAACCGCCAUGAUCUUGCUACAGUCGAGCCCUUGAUUUCUGAAAGUUGUGUUUAUGAGGAUCUUAUCUUUCCUCAACCCUUUGUUGGUCGCAAGUCUAUCCUGGAGUUCUUUGGGAAAUUCAUAGAUUAUGUCAGCACAGAUUUGCAGUUUGUGAUUGAUGCUAUUUCUGAGGAAGAUUCAUCGACUGUUGGUGUGACAUGGCAUCUGGAAUGGAAUGGAAGACCUUUUCCAUUUAGCAAAGGUUGCAGCUUUUAUCAAUUGAAGGUAAUCAAUGGCGUUCGACAAAUAAUCUAUGCUCGAGACAGUGUGGAACCUGCAAUUAAACCUGGAGAAUCAGCUUUGACUGCAAUCAGAGGUGUUACGUGGCUGCUGCAGCGAUUUCCAAACCUUGCAGAACGGUUUUGAUAAAUGACCAUGGAAUCACCAUAUGACUUUGGAGUGAUUUUCCUGUUGCUUUUGCAACGUUUUUACAGAAACAGACUGCAUAGGCUGAUGCAUGUUCUGAAAACAAUUCCUUGUAUAUUGCCAAUAUUGAUGAACAAAAACCCAAAAGGUUGGGCCGUCUCCUGUCCCCGUGCCGGUGGGGAAUCCGCUCCCGAUUCGUCGCUCUGCUACGUCUAGCCCGAGCUAAUUAAUAUAUUUUCUCUUAUAGUGUUAAGAAAUAAUGGUAGUACCUUAAUUAACUAGCUUUUGGACUCGUUUUACACACAUAUUGUGUAUAAGUUAUUAUUUAUACUUAGAACUUACAAAUUACUUGAA